AUCUUUUAUUUUGGAGGGCUGCUACCCGGAAGCGGCUCUCUGUCUGAACGUGCUGUGGGCGGAAGCAGCGGAGGACCUGGAGCUGUGACGUUUGGGAUUUUACAGAGUUUUUAAAGUUGUAAAUUGUUGGUUCCGGACGGUUCUGAUGUGACGGAGUGAACCGGGUCCCGGUGUGAACGGUCGCUGUUAGCUGGUAGCUGUUAGCUUCAGGUAACGUUGAGUCUCAUUAGAACAUUAGAACAUCAGAACAGUAGAACAUUAGAACAGUAGAACAUGUCGGCAGCAGCAGCAGCAGCGGACCUGAGAGGACCGUUCCUCUACCAGCUGCCGCCCGUCGUCCUCUGGGAGUUCUGCCGGCUGAUGGACGGACUGUCCGACCGGGAAUGGACCCGAUUCGCCUCAGAGGUCCUGGGUGAUCAGACUGCCGUGCGAUUGGCUGAGAAGAGGGAGAGGCGGACGGACUGGGUGAUGAACCAACUGGAGAACAGGAACGGUCGUGUCGGGGAGCUGAUCGACCUGUUGGAGCGUCUGGAGCUGCUCCGCCCCCGUGAUGUCAUCCUAGGCUGGGCGUCCAGUCUGAAGCCUUCCUCCUCUUCUCCUCCUCCUCCUCCUCCUCCUCGUCCUCCUUCUCCUCCUCCCACCAAACCGUCUGAGGCUUCGUCCACACUGAGCACUGUCAGACUGAGCCCGACAGUAGAUGGAGGAGGACGAGGAGGAGGAGGAAGAGGAGGAAGACCCCUCCCCAGACCGGCCCCGCCCCCCUCCGGUCUGCAUAAUGAUGAUGAUGAUGAUGAUGAUGAUGGUGGCGGCGUCCCUCAGCCCCUCAGCAGCGGGGUGAUGUGCUGGUCGUAUGAAGAGGUGCAUGCUGGGACGGCGGGGUUCUCCCCCUCCCUGCAGGUGGGGGAGGGGGGGUUUGGAGUCGUGUACAGAGCGUCCCUGAGGAACACCGACUGUGCUGUCAAGAGACUCAAACAGGAUUGUCUGCUGGACUGGACUCUGCUGAAGGAGAGCUUUCAGACUGAAGUGGACAAACUGUCAAAGUUCAGACAUCCGAACAUCGUGGAUCUGCUCGGUUUCAGUGAAGGUUGCGGAUCAGUGUGUCUGAUCUACAGCUACAUGGAGCACCAAUCACUGGAGGACCAGCUGCAAAAUGAGUGUGCAUCCCUCUCCUGGUCUCAGAGAGUUGGUGUUGUUGAAGGAGCAGCAACAGCACUGCAGUUCCUCCACUCCCCCCCCGACAAACACACAGCGCUCAUCCACGGAGACGUCAAGAGUUCAAACAUCCUGUUGGACCGCCACCUGGUGGCGAAGCUGGCGGACUUUGGUCUGGCUCGGUGUGCGUCUCGUGGCUUGUCAGUACGGUCGGCGGCUCAGACGGCGUCAGUCGGUAAAACGGCCACUAUCAGAGGAACGCUGGCGUACCUGCCCGAUGAAUAUGUGAGGAACGGAGAGCUCGGGACCGCUGUGGACGUCUACAGCUUCGGAGUGGUGUUGUUGGAGGUCCUGACAGGUCGCCGAGCUCUGGAGAAAGACAGGGAGUCAGGAGAGAGAUUCCUGAAGGACCUCGUGGAUGAGGUCGAGGAGAGUCGUACCGGUUCGUCAGCAGAGGCCUGGAGGAAGCAGCUGGACCACCGGCUGAUCACAGGGGGCGCUGCGGAGCCUGCUGGCUGUAUGGAGGUGGUUGCUCUGGCCUGCAGGUGUCUUGACAAGAAGAGGAAGAAGAGACCAGCCAUGACUGAGGUGUUUGAAAAACUUCAGGACAUUCACGUCAUCAUGAAGAGGACCAGCUCUUCAACCUCCUCCCCCCUCCAUCACCCUCCUCACCCUCACCUUCAGUCCCCCUGCCUGUCCUUACCCAGACCCCCCCGCCCCCUUGACUCCAAUGUUGAAACUCUGUCCAACCAGCUUUCCAAACUGGGACCACUGGAGGACACCUACCAGCCCUCCCAGCUCUCCUCCUCUUUCUGCUCCCUCACCACUCCUAGCCCGCUGCACUCCUCCUCCUCUCUCCCACCCCCCUCCUCCUCUUCCUCUUUCACCAAUCCGUGUGAAACCGAUGAAAGUCGAGGCUUUUCCCAGUACGAACUUUGCUCCAAGAUCAGAUCUAACGGGACCAGCUCCAGGUCUCUGUCUCCAUCCCUCACAGGGGCCCCCCCAGGACCAGACACUAAAGGGCAGACCACAGCAGGACUCUGUGGUGUCCCAGAAUGCCUCUCUCCUGUGGGGUCCCUGAAGUCGUCGUCCCCGGAGCCCUCAGCCCACAUGAAUCCCAGUAAGCAGCGUUUCCUGCAGAAGAAAACUCUGUACGAGGAGGGAAGGAUUCAAACUCCUGAGCUGCUGUCUGAUGACCUCUAUGGAGGGAGGAGUUGUGUCAGAGGACCAGAGGAGAGUGAUGAGCUGGAUUAUCUUCCUGCUUAACACGACUGACACAAACAGCCUGAACUGUCCCAGAGUCAGAUUCACUCACAAAGCUGUGAAGACUUUCAUCAUCAUGUUUGUAUUAUGAACUGUUAGCAGGCCGUUCUGUUAACUGACCCCACACUGAUGCUGUUGUCUCCACAUUAAUGUUGAAUCAACAUGUGAAGCAGCACUGAAACAUUUUCACUUUUAUACAAAUCAAUAAACACAGAAGGAAUCCUA